AUGUCAUAAAUUACAUUGACAAGCUCGUCCACGCUCUAAAUAAAUGUGAUCGUUAUCGUCACAUUUGUCACUGAGAAGCUAUUUAUUUGAUGUAAAGAGUAUAUUUUGUGAAAUAUGGUGGAAAAAUUCUACCAUUUUCCAUGAAAAUCGUCGCAUUUGUGAAACAGGGUGGAAUAUAGUUGAGAUGAUUUUAGAAGCGGCUCUUACUUGUCAUGCGCCUAUUUAUUCUUAGCAUCUGUUUCUAGCAUCUUCACAUUUCGAAGUUACUCGUACAAUUGGUGUUCAUCGUUACUAACUCAUUCGUACAUGUGGACACGUUAUUCGUAUAAUUAUGAAGCUCAUUCGCUUGGAGUUUAAAGAUGAUAUGAGAUUUUCACAUAAUCCCAACGUGCUAGGUGAAUUCUACAGACGGAUUUGAAUUGGGUGCGAACAGUUUUACAAGAAACGAUAAUAAGCUUGCAGACUAGUGCCAAAAAGAAGAGUCAAAUUUUGUUCACGGGUGUAAUAGUCUCCGAGCAGCGGAGCCAGUGUAGGAGGAAUUUCCUGCUUCUCCCUCACCUGGAAGAUACGCGAACGACGGUGAUGGAUCGUUCACGUGAGGCCGGGGGCGCGAGAGAAGGAGCGGCCCGAUAUAUUUUUACAUCGUUCUAGUUGCAUGUUAGAUAGAGUCGCGUUGUAACGGUUUGCAACCGCAGAACGCGUAGGCGGCGCGGCCUAAGAACGGCAAUACGUUGCCCCAUUUCGAACUUGGAAUACCACCCGGCGGACGAUUACACGAUGGAAUGAGUUGAGCAGAGCCAACUUUCAUUUCUGUCUUUACCUCGAAUAUACCGUUUGGAUUUCUUCUAUUCGCUUAUUUUUAUCGCGCAACUAUAAUGAAAAUAUCGCUGUAUAGUUACGUAAAUGCUUUGCAGUUAUAAUAAUAACGUUUCUCUCUCCUUUCCUCUUUCUUUUCAUGCCUCCGCAUGUACGCGGACGCAAGUACGAAUUCAUUCAUGGAUUCACUACCAAUAAUGCAUGCUAAUUUCUUGUAUCGUUCGUCUGACAGUAAUCCGGUACUUUAAUCCAGAUAGCACAGUUAAUUGGCAAAGUAUUCAAGCUCUCUCCCUUCCUUAAUUGUAAUUCUUUGGGAAUUUCUAGGAGAUAAGAAUGACUGGGGAAGUUACAUGCGCCGUAAAUGAACUUCUGAGGAAUACUUUAAGACGAACUGAUUGUGCCUGAUUCUUGAAGAAUUUUUCAGAUAUUAAUUUUUCUAAUUCGGCAUGUAUUCUUUAAAAUGAAUUCUCCAUGAACAUAUGUUCGUGCUACCUAGAAAAGCAUCAACCGUGUCGAUGGGUGGAUACACUGUAAAAAAAUUACAUGUAAAAUAGUGUAAUCUACACUUAUUAUGUAUGUAAUUUUACAUACUUCUUUUACAAUGCAGUUAUUGGAAGGUGACGCAAACUUCAAUCUUAUAAUAUUUAAUCCCUAAAUAAACGCCACGUAGGAUUAGAGAAAAUUCUCGACGUAUAGGGCGCAUCUUUACAUCAUCGUGACCGUGAAGCUUGCUAAUUUCCCCUUGGCGCGCAAAAUCUGUUAGCUGCGUCGAAUCUUGUCAAUAUCGCACGAUAUAACAGCAUUUGUACGACCUUCGUGUAAACGACAACGCGCUGGUUUAGCAGAUGCGGAGAGGAAGUCUUUAUACUGGGACGGAAGAACCAAUUCUCUCCAAGUCCGCCGUCCGUUCUCCGUCGUGCGCCACUGGUGGUUUUGCCUAAUACGGUGUAAAAAGUCCCACGUUAACCAUCAUGGAGGAAGACGAUCAAAAAGUGGCUGUGAUGCGUAAGGCGUUCCAAAUGUUCGACACAACGAAAUGUGGCUUCAUCGAGACAUUGAAAAUCUCAACGAUAUUAAAUACGAUGGGACAAUUGUUUGACGAUGCCGAAUUGAACGCCUUGAUCGAGGAACAUGUUUCCGACGGUUCCGGCAAAGUGAAUUUUGACGGUUUCUGCAAAAUCGCGGGUCGGUUUCUCGAAGAGGAGGACGCGGAGGCAAUGCAGGAGGAACUGAAGGAAGCGUUUCGAUUGUACGACCGCGAGGGUAACGGAUACAUUACUACGGCUACGUUGAAAGAGAUUUUGGGGGCACUCGACGAUAAACUUACUAGUUCCGAUCUUGAUGGAAUAAUCGCAGAGAUUGACACAGAUGGUUCCGGUACGGUAGAUUUUGACGAAUUUAUGGAGAUGAUGACUGGAGAAUGAUCGUCGUACAUGAAAACGACGGCGGAUUCACAUCGCUCGAAGAAGAUCGCCGAGAAGACAAUAAACUUUCUUGAUAAAAUAAUAAUUCUGCAAAAGACCAUAAAUUUUAUUAUCAAUAGUUAAUCUUAACUUGUGCUUACAAUAGGUAAGACAUACGAGGAAGCGCAUAUUUAAGAAAAGAGGAGGAUAGGAAGAGAAACCUUACGUUAUAAGUAAAUAUAAUAUAUCUGGA